CAACGUGAUUUGCAUAGAGUGCAUAUAAAUUAAUCGGUCUGUGCCGAGGUAACCAUCUGACUGUCAAUCCCUGACUGAUCAUAAUGCCUGACGCACCUCCAGUCAAAGCGCCCAAGAAGGGCUCAAAGAAAGCUGUCUCCAAGAGCGUCAGCAAGGCUGGCAAGAAAAGGAGAAAGUCCAGGAAGGAGAGCUACGCCAUCUACGUGUACAAAGUGAUGAAGCAGGUCCACCCCGACACUGGUAUCUCCUCCAAGGCUAUGGGCAUCAUGAACUGCUUUGUGAGCGACAUCUUUGAGCGCAUCGCCGGUGAGGCCUCUCGUCUGGCUCACUACAACAAGCGCUCCACCAUCACCUCCAGGGAGAUUCAGACCGCUGUCCGCCUGCUGCUGCCCGGAGAGCUGGCUAAACACGCUGUCUCUGAGGGCACCAAGGCUGUGACCAAGUACACCAGCUCCAAGUAAACUCUGCUGCUGUUAUACCAACAACACAAAGGCUCUUUUAAGAGCCACCCACUACAUCUGAUGACAUAUUCCUGAUAUUGCUACGAGGGUCAUGUGCCUAUAUAAUCAAUGAAGUCCACUUUGUUCCAUAUUAUUUGUGUUACUGUGGAAUGCUUUAUUAAUUAACUUACUGUGACCCUUGAAUUGGCGCUACCCGCUCCAAGCUGUUAACCCUGUUUUUCAUUUUGUAAACUGGAUAUGCACGUGUAUCUGUGUUGUGACACUAAGUAUGAAAGUAAUAGCUUUACUUUUCUAGUUAACUCCUUUGUUGCUGUGCUUCUGGACUAGAAACUGGGUGAAUAAAUGCUAAUC